GACGCCGGGUGUGCUGGGCGUCGGUGCAGCCGCUCUUUCAUUUCGGUGCCUACCCUCCUAGUCGGAGUCCUCCAACAGCCAGCAUGACCAACGAAGCCGAGACGAAGACUGAGGCGCCGCCCGCCCCGGCCGACACCGACGUCCCCGUCAAGGAGGAGGUGAAGGCUGAGGCCAACCGGGAGGAGAAGUCUGACCAGGACACCGAGAAGGACAAGAAGCCGGAGGAGAAGAAGGAAAAGAAGCCGGCGCCGCCGCCCAAGCCGGCCGUACACAAGCCGGACUUUGAGAAGGACGUGGUGUACCUGUUCCAGUUCUCGCGCACCCCGGUGCUGCCCUCCAUUUCGCCCUUCUGCCUCAAGAUGGAGACUUUCCUGAGGGUCGCCGGUAUCAAAUACGAGAAUGUGGACCACCGUAUGAAGCUGCGCUCCAAGAAGGGCCAGCUGCCGUUCGUCGAGAUGAACGGCGAGGAGAUUUCCGACUCGUCCUUCAUCAUCAAGGAGCUGUCAACCAAGUUUGAGAAGGACCUGGACGCCCCGCUGACGGCCGAGCAGAAGAAUCUCAGCCACGCCAUGAUCUCCAUGAUUGAGAACCAUCUGCACUGGAUCGUGGGCUGGUGGCGGAGUAAGGUGCCCACCAGGAUGCUGGCCGGCUACAAGCUCGACCUGCAGCGCAUGUUCCAGACCAAGCUGCCCACGGCGCUGCUCAACUUCGGUUUCAAGCUGCGCGCGAAGAAC